AUGGAUGAGAUUGAGAAGCUCAUGGAGCUGAAGGUGACUUCGAAGAAGCCCUCUUCUUUCUACACCCGGGCGGCCGCAACAUUCCUCCGGGGGACCCGCGACAAGGACCCUGUGGACGAGCUAUGGGUCACCGCCUUGGGCAACGCCAUCGACUCGGCGAUUACCGUGGGGGCCAGGAUGGAGAAGGAUGCGCUGGGCAAGAUCGCAGCGGUGCGCACCAGCUACCUCCAGAUCGACAGGAGCUUCUCUCCACAAAUCUCCCUCCGCUUGGUGCGCAUCCCACCAGUCGCCGUGAUCCUGCAGGUGGAGAUCAAGCCCGAGCAUGUGGAUGAGUUUAUCCAGGUCAUGAAAGCGGAUGCAGCAGGCUCGCGGGAAGAGGCUGGCUGUCUGCGCUUCGACUUUCUUCGUCAUAGCGAGAACCCCUGCAAGUUCAUGACCUACGAGGUGUUUGCCAACGCCGAGGCUGUGAGCGCGCAUGGCGCCAUGCCCUAUGUCAAAGCCUGGGGAGCUUUCCAGUAUGGUGACAAGAAGCCAGUGGUCAGCAAGACGGUUCUCAAGGCCGAUGCUCUGAGCUUCCAGCAUCAGAGCCCGGCCUCGGGUGACAACCCUGUUGCCGUCGUCUUCGAGGCGGACGUGAAGGACGACUGUGUCACAGAAUUCGUGGAGGUGAUGACUGCCAACGCCCGCGGCUCGCGUCUGGAGGCAGGUUGCCUGCGCUUCGACUUGCUUCGCGGCCAGGAGGCUAGCAGUGGACGCUUCGUGAGCUACGAGGUCUUUGAGUCCGCGGACGCUGUGGAGAAGCACAAGGAGAUGCCCUACACCAAAGCCUGGGGAGCGUUUCAGUAUGGCGACAAGAAGCCUCUGACCAGCAAGACCGUCACAAAAUACACCGCUUUGGAUCUUCAAGCGCCAGAGCUUCUGACCUGA